GGAUGUCCGUCUUCUUUAUACACCCAAGAAACAAAACCACUGCUCUAAGUUCAUGUCAGCGGCCAUCUUGGUGCUCCCAUUGAUUUAGAAACGAAAUAUACAACAAGGCAGAUCUGUGCACCAGGAUGGCUGUGACACUUCACACUGAUCUUGGGGACCUAAAAAUAGAGGUGUUCUGUGAGCGAGCGCCUAAAGCCUGUGAGAACUUCCUGGCCCUGUGUGCCGGGAAUUAUUACACCGGCUGCAUCUUUCACAGGAACAUUAAAGGCUUCAUGGUGCAGACCGGCGACCCGUUAGGCACAGGGAAGGGAGGUCAGAGCAUCUGGGGGAGGAAGUUUGAAGAUGAAUUCAGUGAAUAUCUGAAGCACAGCGUACGAGGUGUGGUGUCAAUGGCGAACAGUGGCCCCAACACUAACGGCUCCCAGUUCUUCAUAACCUACGGGAAGCAGCCUCAUCUCGACAUGAAAUACACAAUCUUUGGAAAAGUAAUAGAUGGACUGGAUACUCUGGAUGAACUGGAAAAGCUGCCCGUGCACGAGAAAACCUUCUGCCCCCUGACUGAGGUGCGAAUUAAAGACGUUACCAUCCAUGCCAACCCUUUUGCUCUGUAGUUCAGCAAAUGACUGAGAUAAAGGGGUGACAUCCAGGUCACCCACAGAUCAACACAUGGACCUGGUCUGUAGAUGGUGCCAUGAAGAAGAGACGUUGUCACCAUAUUGGUUUCUCUGCCAUUGAUAGGACAACACAGACACCAGGAACCUGACCUAUUACAUAUUCCUCAAUCAGCUAGAACAUUUAUGUGAACUUUCAUUUAUUUUUGGGCAAUUACUUCUUUUUAUUUUUAACAGAAGAAAUGAACAUUUAAUAUUGGAUGAGAAAAUUAUUAUUAAGGCCCAGUCUAAUACAUUAAAUCUGCUGUUAUAUAAAAGAG